CGCCGAAGCAGGCCAUCCUUCUCCACACCCUGCUUCUCGGAUAAGAAGGCAGCCAUGCCUCGACUAGAGGCCACCCAGGGUCCCCUAAUAAGGGGGCCGUUGGCCGUACGAGUACGGAGUAUGUACAUGCCCUGCCGAAUUGAAACAUGGCAGGUCCGAUCCCCGACGACUUGGACCGAGAACGGUUCGAGGGCAGCUCGUCCCAAGCGCGAACUGAGACCGAUCCGGGGCGCGAAUUGGGCCUCGCUUCAACCAAGGAAGGCAAUGGCGAUGGCGAUGGUGAUGGCGACUGCGAGAAACGCAAUGGCCAUCGCGGCAGCAAGGACGACGCUUCCGGCUCCAAGUCGGACAACAACACCGAUACCGACGCCGACGCAGACACCGAUGACGACACGGACGCCGACAGCGACUACGACUAUGACGGCCAUCGCCCGACGCCUCUCGACUUGCGCCUCUCGCGCGCCCGCUCCGCCAGCACGGUGACCACCGUGGCCAGCCACAACACCGCUGCCGGCCGGCGCGCGAGCACCCUGACGGGAGCGAGCAUCGCCAACGCCAACGCCAGCGCCAGCGCCAGCAACAAUAACAACACCACCACCACCAACAACAACACCCUGACCCGCCGCACCACCAACCUCCUCUCCCGCAUCCGUUCCCGGCCCGCCGUCCCCGCCUUCACCCACCCGCUCUCGCACAUCCCGACCGGCCCGGAGCUCCUCGUCGACUUUGACGGGCCCGAGGACCCCUACAAGCCGCUCAACUGGCCGCUGCACAAGAAGGUGGUGACCACGCUCCUGUACGGGCUCGUCACCAUGUCGGCCACCUGGGCCUCGUCGUGCUACAGCGCGGGCACGGCGCAGGUCGCCGCCGCCUUUGGCGUGUCCUCGCAGGUCGCCGUGCUCGGCACCUCGCUGUUCCUCGUCGGCUUCGGCAUCGGCCCCCUGCUGUGGGCGCCCCUGAGCGAGGUCUACGGCCGCCGCCUGGCCGUCUUCGCCCCCAUGUUCGUCGCCGCCUGCUUCAGCUUCGCCAGCGCCACCAGCAAGGACUUCCAGACCCUCAUGCUCACCCGCUUCUGGGGCGCCUUCUUCGCCAGCGCCCCCGUCACCAACACCGGCGGCGUCCUCGGCGAUCUCUACGGCCCCGCCCAGCGCGGCAUCGCCAUGGCCGGCUACGCCAUGGCCGUCGUCGCCGGUCCGGCCCUGGGCCCCAUCGUGUCGGCCGCCUUGGUCGCGCAGCCCGGGCUGGGGUGGCGCUGGACCGAGUACCUGGCCGGCAUCAUCCAGGCCGCCAUCCUGCUGGUGGCCGUCAUCUUCAUCGACGAGUCGUACCCGCCCAAGCUGCUCGUCUACAAGGCCCGCCGGCUGCGCAUCGAGACGGGCAACUGGGCGCUGCACGCCAGGUUCGAGGAGUGGGACGUCAGCGUCGCCGAGCUCGCCCGCAAGUUCCUGGUGCGCCCCAUCCAGCUGCUCCGCACCCCGAUCUGCUUCCUCGUCGCCCUCUACGCCAGCUUCUGCUACGGCAUCCUCUACAUGCAGCUCGGCUCCAUCCCCAUCAUCUUUGCCGAGGUCCGCCGCUGGUCCCACCUCGUCGCCACCCUGCCCUUCCUGUGCAUCUUCGUCGGCGCCGUCCUGGGCUGCGCCAUCAACGUCUACAACCAGCUGCUCUACAACAAGGCCUACCACGCGGCCGGGAACAGGGCCGUCCCGGAGCGUCGCCUGCCGCCCAUGAUGCUCGGCUCCGUCCUCUUCGCCGGCGGCCAGUUCCUGACCGGCUGGACCUCGGAUCCCGACAUCCAUUGGCUCGUCCCCUGUAUCGGCUUGGUCAUGCUCGGCACCGGCUUCUUCACCAUUUUCCAGGCUGCUCUGAACUACCUGGUCGACACCUUCACCAAGUAUGCCGCCUCCGCCGUGGCUGCCAACACUUUUCUGAGGUCGUGCUUCGCGUGCGCCUUUCCGCUAGUCGUCGGGCCGCUGUUCCACAACCUCGGCGUCGGCCCAGGGUCGUCCAUACCAGCCGGUUUCUCGGUUCUCCUAAUACCCGUGCCCUUUGUGUUCUUCGUCUAUGGGAGGAGGAUCCGCGCCCGGUCGAAGUGGUCCCGAGCGUCGGUUCAUGACGGGGACAAACAGAAAAGAGAAAUGUAGCGAUUGAUAGAUUAUCGAUACCCAGGGGCUUGCAAGACCUACGCAGUAUCAGCAAAUCCUUCAAUCUGAACUUUUGGAUGAUCCGCUCAUUCCUUUUUCUCCUUGAUCCCUAAAAUGAGCCUCUCUCGCGAGCGGGGCAUUACCUGUUUUGCUCGCCGCGGAGACCAGCAGAUUGAGACCAGAUCGACAUUUCCAACAUUCCCCUUCCGCGUCUGUCGCACAACGAGUCGUGGAAUCUCAUUUUAGGCCCUAAGGGUUGCUAGUCAAGAUGUUCUUGAGCCCAAGAAAGAACAAAAAAAGAGGUGCAAAAGUUGAGUCCCCUCGACCGGAAUCGAGCCGGUGACCUUUCGGUUCAAUAAAUUCCUUUACAGCCGA